CUGUAAAAUAUAUAAUUAAUAAUUACAGCAUCUUUCUUUCCUCUGGAUUGGAGCUCCGUCGUCUCCCCUGCAUCUGCAUGCUGUGGUGGAUCUGAGAUCCAAAAGCUUUGGUUGAAGAAGAUUAGAAGACCUACUCACCUCUCUCUUCUGUCUCUCCAGCUGCUUCAGACGAGGACGGGAUGAAUUUGAUUUUGAAAAACAUCAUGGAUUCAUGUGCGGGGAAGAUUCUCAGUUUUCUCGCAGAUGGCGUGAUUAGCCAAGGGGAUUAUGUGAUUCAAUACAAGAACCAUGUCCAGCUACUCGAACAAGAAAAUAAGAGGCUCCGUGAAACAAAGGACAGAAUCCAGGGAAUGGUGGACAUGGAGACAAAGUAUGGGAAAGUCAUUGAACCUAACGUCUCCAGUUGGCUAGAGAAUGUAGAGCAGAAGGAAGGAGACAUGGCCAACUUCCUGCACCAACAAGAAGACGAAGAAUCUUUCAAGUGUUUUCCGGGCUGCAUGUGUCCCAACUUAAUGUGGCGUCACAAGAGGGGUAUGGAAGCUCACAAGAGGAAGUUGGACGUCAGUGAACUGAUAAGUGACGGUGACAGACUAGAGAAGUCGCCAGUGGCACGCGAUGCACCUUUCCAAUGGGAGACGCAAUUUGAUUCUUCUCAGUAUUACACCAUGUUUAGCUCAAGAGCUUCAGUUGUUGACGACAUCAAGAAUGCUUUGAAGGAUUCUAACGUUGACAUGAUUGGGGUCCAUGGGCCUGGUGGAGCUGGGAAGACGACAAUGGUGAAAGAGGUUGCCAAAGAAGCUAAGAAACUAUGCAUUUUUGAUAAGAUUGUGAUUGCAGCUGUGUCUAAAGAUCCAAACACCUCAAAACUACAAGAAGAUAUUGCAACCCAAUUGGAUCUCAAGUUUAAACAAACAAAUGAGUUAGGAAGAGCAGAUGAGCUACGAAAGGCAUUGUUAAACGGGGAAAGAAAGAUACUGGUAACAUUGGAUGACCUUUGGCAAGACCUAGACUUGAAAAAAAUUGGAAUUCCUAAGUCGGGCCUUGGCGACAAAGGUUGCAAAAUUUUGCUAACCUCGCGUAGAGAAGAGGUUUUCAAAAGGAUGGAGGUCGGUCCUUCAGUUUUUUCCAUUGAUUACUUGAAGGAGGAAGAAGCGUGGGAGCUGUUUACGAAGGUGACCGGAGAUUUUGGAGUUGAUGAAUCGACAGCGAAAGAGGUAUGCAAGAAAUGUGCAGGUCUGCCUAUUGCUAUAGUUGCAGUUGGAGCUGCAUUAAAGGGCGAGGAAAAUAAUGAGUGGCAAUCUGCACUUCACAAAUUAGAGAAGUCCCGCCUAAAAUACAUUGAAGGAGUUGAACCACAGGGUUAUACCCCCUUGAAGUGGAGCUAUGAAUUUCUAAAAGACGAGGGUGCACAGUCGUGCUUCUUGCUCUGCUCUUUGUUCGAUGAAGAUGCUGAGAUUUCUAUUGAUGAGUUGGUCAGACGGAGCUUUGCCUCGGGGUUCCUUGGAAGAGAGGUGGUUACGCUGGAAGUUGCAAGAAUUAAAGUACAAAUAAUGGUUAAUAAGCUGAAAAAGUCAUGCUUGUUGCUAAAUGGAGCACAAAGGAAUUUUGUUAAAAUGCAUGACGUUAUUCGUGACCUUGCAAUUUCUAUCACAAAGGAGAAGCAAGCAGGACACAGCGGUGGUCAAGAUUGGCCAAAGAAUAAUGCCUGGAAACAUUACACAGCAAUGAUCAAUGAUGACAACAUUCAUUUUCCUUGUGAUGUGUUCCAUUGUCCACUAAUGCAUACCCUUGCGUUGAAGCGUGGAAAAUCUUCACUUAAAAUUCCAAACGAUUUAUUUCCAGGCAUGGAGGAGGCAAGAGUUUUAGCUCUGGAAGACAUGAUGGUGGACCUCCCAUCACUAGUUUUGGAGUUGAAUCAUCUUCGAAUGUUAGAGCUAAACAAUUGCCAAUUAUUAGGAGGCCCGUCUACAAUUCGAUGUCUACAAUGUGAUAAGAAGAAUCACAUUGAGAUACUUAACUUUAAGGGAUCUAUGAUAGAGGAGUUGCCACAAGAGAUUGAAGAAUUGACUCAUUUGCGGUCCUUGGAUAUGAGAGAGUGCAGAAGACUAAAGGUGAUUCCAAUGGGUGUGAUAUCCAAAUUGAUCAAUCUAGAAGAGUUGUAUGUUGCAUACGACUUUAAGGAAUGGGAUACUACUACUAUAUAUGAUGGGGGAAUGAGCAAUGCGAGCAUUGCUGAGCUGAAAUCUUUGUCUCGAUUAUGAUGCAAGAAUGCCCCAACUUAUUUAAGAAAUUGAGUAAUUUUGCCAUAUUUAUAGGCGGCAGUUAUAGUAAUAGUAAUCGAUCCCCAAAUGUUUUGGAAAUUGAUGGUAUUCACCAUAUAGAUGAGUUUCAUCUCUUGAUGGACAAAGUUGAAGAGUUGAGGUUGUCUAAUAUUCAAGACAUGAGAUAUCUACCUGGCAAGCCACAACGACACUUUACACUAAGUGACGGGAGAUCUUUUAUUUUUAGAAAAUUAACCUAUUUAAAAAUAUCUAAAUGUAAUAGUAGUAAAUAUCUCUUUUCCCCAUCCUCUGCCAGAACACUCCAACAACUCCAAACACUAAAAGUACAAGAUUGUAGCAAAAUGGAACAAAUAAUUGGAGUAGGAGAUCAUUAUCAUGAAGAGGAAGUCGUUACUGAUGAGGCAAUUAUUUUCAGUCGGUUGAGAAAGAUGCAUUUGAAAGAACUUCCACAAUUUAGAAGCUUUUGCCUCAAAAUGCAGAAGACAACAAUUGAGGGAAACCCGUCAAAUUGGACUACACCAGGAGAUUCUAUCUUUAAUGAAGAGGUAUUUCAAGGGAAGAUUUUCUAGCUCCUGAAGUGCAUUGAGCCGCUCAACUUCUUCUCACCCUUUAAUGCAAUUCAAACUCCAACUCCCGCCGGCAGUCACGAUGUUCCCGGGCUGCGGUCACUGUCGAAGAAGAACAAGAAGAAGAAAGCUUCGAUCAUCAGGGUGGAACUGGGGGAGGCCUCAUCUUGUCACCGCUGCAACACGCCAAUGAAGUCAAAGCUACUCAUUAGAUUAAUAAACCAUAUACAUAUGUCUUCCCAAAAAGAUAUCAACAUGCCAUCCACAGACACUUGGUAAUUAAUGAAGUAAUAUUGUCAAUAUAUAGAACAAAAACUAGAGUUCUAGGUGCAUUAACCGCGAUUGGACAUUCUUUGUGAGUGCUUUCAAAUUCCUGAUCCACUCAUCUGAGGUUGAACAUCGUCGCGUUGAGUAAACAUCUUCUUGAUGGCUUCUUCUCGUCAAUGGAGUCGAAGAAGUUAUGAACGACAUCGAAAAGCGGGCACUUGAUUGCGCAGAGGACGAGGGGGCUGAGUCUUUCUGAAAAACCUGGUUAUGUUGCAUUACAUGAAGCCAUUUAGUGUGGAAAUUCUGUCAAUGAUAAUAUCAUCACUUCAAAAUGGCA